AGAAGCCGGAAGAGCAGCACGACAUGGUGCGGUGACACCGAGCGACGCCCGGAGCAGCUUCACAACGUUCACCUGCGCAAGAGAUACUUGAGGUGCGAAGAUGAGUCGGCGGCGAACGGACUCCCAGGGUUCCCUGGGGCCCGACGAUGAGGCCAUGCCGUACAGCGACGACGAGACGGACGACGAGUUGGCAGUGAGUUCUGAAGGGGAACCUGAUGAACCGCCAGGAGCUCCGCAUCCGCCGGUGGAAACUAGACCCAGCGAAAUGGGCUGGAAGGUGAAGGCCAACGACCGAGCUUAUCACCAGCUGCCAGAGUUUCAGAAGAAAGUCUUCCUGUGCGUCAAGAAGAGCAGAUACUCCGGAAACGCCAUAAAGACGUACAAGUACAACGUGUUCACCUUCCUGCCCCUGAACCUGUAUGAACAGUUUAAGAGAGCAGCCAACCUGUACUUCCUGGCUCUGCUCAUCUUACAGAUUAUUCCAGACAUCUCCACCCUGCCCUGGUACACCACACUGGUUCCUCUGGUCGUGGUGCUGGGAGUAACCGCCAUCAAAGAUCUGGUGGAUGAUCUGGCACGCCACAGGAUGGACAAGGAGAUCAACAACAGGAAGUCUGAAGUCCUGCUAGACGGCAGGUUUCAAGAGGCUAAAUGGAGGGACAUCCAGGUCGGAGACGUGGUUCGUCUGAAGAAAAAUGACUUUAUUCCGGCCGACAUCCUGCUGCUGUCCAGCUCCAACCCAAACAGCCUCUGUUAUGUAGAAACCGCUGAGCUCGACGGAGAAACCAACCUGAAGUUUAAGAUGGGACUACGAGUGACCGACGAGAGGCUUCAAGAGGAACGUCAGCUGGCCGAGUUCAACGCCCUGAUCGAGUGCGAGGAGCCGAACAACCGUCUGGACAAGUUCUUGGGGAUGAUGCGGUGGAACCAGGAGACGUACCCGUUGGAGCUGGACAACAUGCUGCUCCGAGGCUGCAAGGUCCGAAACACCGAGGAGUGUCGCGGCCUGGUCAUCUUCGCAGGAGCCGACACCAAAAUCAUGAGGAACGGGGGCAAAUCCAGGUUCAAGAGGACCAAAAUUGAUGAGCUGAUGAACUACAUGGUUUACACUAUCUUCGCCCUGCUCAUCCUGGUGGCGGCCGGCCUGGCCAUCGGUCACACCUACUGGUACGAGGAUAUCGGAUCCAAAGCCUGGUACCUGUACGACGGCAAGGACCAGGACGCCUCCUACAGAGGCUUCCUCAGCUUCUGGGGAUACAUCAUCGUCCUCAACACCAUGGUGCCCAUUUCACUAUACGUCAGUGUGGAGGUGAUUCGACUCGGACAGAGUAAGUUCAUCAACUGGGACCUGCAGAUGUACUUUGCAGAGAAAGACACACCAGCUAAGGCUCGAACCACCACCUUGAACGAGCAGCUCGGUCAGAUCGAGUACAUCUUCUCCGACAAGACGGGAACUCUGACGCAGAACAUCAUGCAGUUCAAGAAGUGCACCAUCGCUGGACGGAGCUACGGUGACCCAACGACUGCUGAAGGAGUGUCGCUGGACCGAGGAAGGCCGGUGGACUGGAGCUGGAACCGACACGCCGACAAAAAGUUCCAGUUCAUGGACAACUACCUGGUUGCUCACGUCCGGUCCAAGAAGGACAGAGAUGCGACGGAGUUCUUCAAGCUGCUGUCGCUCUGCCACACCGUCAUGGUCGAGCACAAAGACGGUGAUCUGGUUUAUCAGGCGGCGUCUCCGGACGAAGGCGCCUUGGUGACGGCGGCCAGGAACUUCGGCUACGUCUUUCUGUCUCGUACGCAGGACACCAUCACCAUCAGGGAGAUGGAGCAGGAGAACACCUACGAGAUGCUGGCGCUGCUCGACUUCAACUCGGACCGCAAGCGCAUGUCCAUCAUCUUGAAGUUUCCUGACGGUCGCAUUCGUCUGUACUGUAAAGGAGCCGACACCGUCAUCUACGAGCGACUGGCGCCCAACACCAGGCACAAGGAGAGCACCCAGACGGCCCUGGACAUCUUCGCCAACGAGACCCUUCGAACGCUGUGCUUGUGUUACAAAGACAUCAGCGCUGAGGAAUACGCCGCCUGGUCCAGGAAGCACAAGGAUGCUCAGGUCACCAUGGUGGACCGAGACGCCGCCCUGGACCGAGUGUACGAACAGAUCGAGAACAACCUGAUGCUGAUCGGAGCGACCGCUAUCGAGGAUAAACUGCAGGACGGAGUACCGGAGACCAUCGCCAAACUGGCCAAGGCCGACAUCAAGAUCUGGGUCCUGACUGGAGAUAAGAAAGAAACGGCAGAGAACAUCGGAUAUUCCUGUUCACUUCUGACGGACGACAUGCAGAUUCACUACGGGGAAGACGUCAAUGAGAAGCUGAGCAUUCGUCAGGCCAACAGGAGAAACGAACCUCAAACUGUCCGUCGAGGCAAAAAGAAACCUGCGGAGCCUUUCUUCACCGAACCAGGCAAAAACGCUCUGAUCAUCACCGGAGGAUGGCUGAACGAGAUUCUUUACGAAAAGAAGAAGAAACGCCGCCGUCUGCGUCUUCGUCGUCUGGGAAAGCGACCGCCUCCCAGCAGCCCUCAGAAUGGACAGCCCAUGAAUGACUUGGAAAAAGAGAUGAGACAGAUUGACUUUGUGGACAUGGCUUGUGAGUGCGAGGCGGUCAUCUGCUGUCGCGUAACACCGAAACAAAAGGCGAACGUGGUGAGUUUGGUGAAGAAGUACAAGAAGGCCGUGACGCUGUCCAUAGGGGACGGAGCCAACGACGUCAACAUGAUCAAGACUGCAGACAUCGGCGUCGGCAUCAGCGGUCAGGAGGGGAUGCAGGCCGUCAUGUCCAGCGACUAUGCCUUCGCCCAGUUCCGUUACCUGCAGCGCCUCCUGCUGGUUCACGGACGCUGGUCCUACAUCCGAAUGUGCAAGUUCCUGCGUUUCUUCUUCUUCAAGAACUUCGCCUUCACACUGGUCCACUUCUGGUACUCCUUCUUCAGCGGAUACUCCUCACAGAUGAAGGUUUCUGAGUAUUUCACCAACUGGAUCCAAAAAGGAACUCUGAGAACCGAUUUCUAACUCUGUUCGAUUCCCCCUUUGCUAAUCCAGAACUCUGAUUUCUGCCUCCUUAUCUCUCUGCAGGACGUUAACGACAGACUGAGCCUGAAGUUCCCCAAACUCUACCAGCCCGGCCAGCAGGGGUCGCUCUUCAACUACAGGAACUUCUUCAUCAGCUUGUUCCACGGCAUCUUCGUCUCGCUCAUCAUCUUCUUCAUCCCCUACGGAGCGUUCCUGCAGACCAUGGGGCAGGACGGAGAAGCUCCCUCCGACUACCAGUCCUUCGCCGUCGUAACCGCCUCGUCCUUGAUUUUCACCGUCAACCUGCAGAUCUCUCUGGAUACCUCCUACUGGACCUUCGUCAACUGUUUUGCAGUGUUGGGCAGCAUAGCCAUCUACUUUGGCAUCAUGUUUGACAUCCACAGCGCUGGAAUCCACGUCAUCUUCCCUUCUAUUUUCACUUUCACCGGUGCAGCAUCAAACGCUCUGCGGCAGCCCUACCUGUGGUUAACCAUCAUCCUGACGGUGGGCAUCAGCCUGCUGCCGGUCAUCUGCAUCCAGUUCCUGCAUAAAACCAUCUGGCCCUCUGUAGGAGACAAGGUCCAGAGAAACAGGAAGAAGUACGAGAUGGAGCUGGAGGAGGAGGAGAAGAAGAAGCCGUCGGCCUUCCAGCGAGGCAGGCGUUCCCGGCGGUCCGCCUACGCCUUCUCCCACUCUCGUGGCUACGCCGACCUCAUCUCGUCCGGCCGGAGCAUUCGACGGCGCCCGGCGGCCCGUGGUGGACCCCAGGACAGCAUCAGGGAGGUUCCCCACAGAGAGGCCGAAAACAUCUGAGGGCGGCUGAGCGGGAGACGGAGCAAAACUGCAACUGGAGAGCUUGUAAAUACUUAGGAGUGCACGGAGCGAGGCGGUUUGUCUUGGUGUUUUUUCUGCGGAAACACCGACAUCAGUCUGGUCGCAGUUUGAGGAGACCUUUGUGGAGUUCAAGUGCCUCAGAGGAGGAUAAAAGAAAAGAAAGGCGCUUCUGAAGUUGACUUUGAGAAAUGAAAUGAGGAGCUUGGUUUACCAGCAGCAGCAGCAGCAGCAGCAGCUUGCGGUAAAACUACCGAUUGUGGUUUUGCUCCAGACUCUUCCGCCUCCAGCUCCACCUCAAGCACAGAGUCGCUGUUGAAAUGCGACAAAGAAAAGCUCACCGAAGAGACGACCUCCGUUGCCGGGGUUCGAGGUCAUGCAUCGUCUGUGUGACUGACAAUGUUGUUUAACUCAGGAUUUUUAAAAUAAAAGCCUUUCUUUUAGUGAGGUGGUCCCUGCUCACCACCACUGCGGCUGACGUGGAACCGUUUUGUUGUUUAGUAGGACGUUUUUUGACCGUUUUAGCCUGACGCCUUUGGAGCACUUGACAUGUGAGUGUUUUGCUCAAAUUUUAAAAAAUUCCAGUUAAUUUAUCCUGACUACAUGAAAUCAGACUGCAACAUAUGUGGAGGUUAGUUUUAUUUCCGUCCGUUGAGCCCAAACAUUUUCCUUUUAUGUUCAUAAAACAGUGAGCUAAAGCUAAACACGUCGAAAUAUUGUCUUUUAAUGUUUUAUUCAAGGUAGUGGUGGGAUGUUACUAUGCCAGGCUAUGCAAGGUGGUCGGAUGUCAUAAAGUGUGUCUUAAUUUAACUAUAAGUUGUGAAUAGAGAUCAUAUUUCCUCUCCAGAGUGCAUGUAACAGAUAUGUGUAGAAAUUUGAGGGACUUCAUCCUUAAAAUCUUUUAAAUACCUCUUUCAAAGCUAAGGUUAUUUCUUCUAUACCUCACAUUUUGUCCCCGUUUUAUUUUUUCAAGGUGCCUUUAAAUACAAAAACUGUAGGGAACCUGGAAAGAACUCUGGUUUGUCUUUCUUCAGCUGCAAGAUGUCUUCAACUCAGUUUCUUACAAUUUGGAGAAUUCAAAUGCUCCUUACUUGUGAUAGGGAAAGAAACAGCAUGGACGUCUUGGUUUGUGUCCAUUUGAUCAUGUAAUAGAAGUUUCUUUUCUUUUUUGCAACUUAUUGGAAGUUCAAUCACAUGUUCUUCCGUCUAAAAAUGACAGUUUUCUGUGUGUGCACUGGUUGUUUACAACUCAUCCAUUGACUUUGUUUGAUUAAUUUUUCAUUCCUGUUCUCAGAUUUAGGAUAUCUGUGAGACAGUGCUAAGCCAAAACUAACUAUGAUUCCUGUUCUGACUGUUACUGUAUCCUCCUCAUGCUACUGUUGGUGUCCGCAGAUAAUAUUAUUUUAUUUACUGAAUGAAUUGAGGCAUGUGAUCAGGAUUGCUGUUGAGUCUCUGCAGCCGUUUGGUCUUUGUCAUAUGAUGGUAUUUUAAUCAUGCGGUUGUUAAUAAAAGCCAAGGGCACGUUUAGCAAUCUGAA